AUGUCUCCACCAUUACAUAGUGGUGGUGGUGGUCUAUUGAAUGAUCAACAAUAUAUUAUUACCUCCUCUCCUUAUUCACAUAAUAAUAAUAAUAAUAAUAAUAGAAAUAGUCGUUCUAAUAGUAAUGCAAUUCAAAGAGAGAGAGCCAAUAGUAAUCAAAGUAAUUAUAGUAGUAGUAGAAGUAGAGCCAAUAGUAUGGAUUAUCCCUAUCAACAACAACAAACUUCCAUAAUGAUGAUGAAUAGUAAUGGUGCUAUAGGUGGUAUUGGUAUUGGUAGUAGUGGUAAUGGCAGUGGUAAUAAUCAAAAGAGAGGUUUCUUCUCAAAAUUAUUCAAAUCAGGAAUUGAAGAAGAUACAAUGCUUAUUAGUGUACCCUAUGAGAAUAGGUUAUAA